CCCCCCCCCAACAGCCCCCUCUGCCACCAUCACCGCCCGCAGCAGCAGCCUCCUCACCGGCUCCGCCGUCCUGUUCCCCCAACCUCCAACUCUCACCUUUAUUCUGCGGUCAUGGGGUGCGUUGUGUCCUUUUUGCCUGGGCUGCUGACGGGCUUGACCGUGCUGUGAGGCGGAUAUCAGGUGGAUUUAUGAUCCGCAAAGCCGCAACUACCAGCCGAGGGAAAUUAGUGGAACUUUGAGCUCCGGGAGGAUGCAGGUGACGUGUUGGUGCGCCGUGUUCCUCCUGACGCCUGCACUUUGCCUGGUUACAAGUGCCCACGCCUCAAAGUCGGACAUUGUCAAGUCAGGAAGCCCCAAAUCCACACUAAAGCAUAUAUGGACAGAAAGCAGUAAGGAUAUGUCCAUCAGUAGGCUGCUGUCACAGACUCUACAUGGCAAAGAGAACAGCACAGCCUUGGACCUUCGCUAUGACACUCCAGAGCCCUACUCUGAGCAGGACCUGUGGGACUGGCUGAGGAACACCACAGACUUGCAGGACUCGCGGCCGCGGGCUAAACGGCGGCCAAUGGUUAAGACGGGGAAGUUCAAGAAGAUGUUCGGCUGGGGGGACUUCCACUCUAACAUCAAGACGGUCAAACUCAACCUUCUGAUCACUGGUAAGAUCGUGGAUCAUGGCAACGGCACCUUCAGUGUCUACUUCCGCCACAACUCCACAGGCCAGGGUAACGUAUCCGUCAGCUUGGUCCCUCCAACCAAGAUAGUGGAGUUCGACGUGGCGGCGCAGCAGUCUGUCAUCGACGCCAAGGACUCAAAGUCCUUCAACUGCCGCAUAGAGUACGAGAAGGUGGAGAAGGGCGCCAAGAACACGCUCUGCAACUUCGACCCGUCCAAGACCUGCUACCAGGAGCAGACCCAGAGCCACGUCUCCUGGCUCUGCUCCAAACCUUUCAAAGUCAUCUGCAUCUUCAUUUCCUUCUACAGCACCGACUACAAACUGGUGCAGAAAGUGUGCCCAGACUAUAACUACCACAGUGACACUCCCUACUUCCCUUCUGGCUGAUGUUCCCAUACACUCGCAUACAGAAAGUGGACGAGUGGAGCACAGACUGGGGCUUCUACCAUCCCAGAGAAACGUGUAUGUUAGCCGUACUGUCCCUAAAUUCCAGAGUGUCAACCAUCCCAAAUGAUUUCCUGAUUUAAUGUUCUGAAUUUUGCAAAGAGCAGUUACUUUUAACAGUUAAAAAGGUGAUAUAUAUGACUGUAAUAUGCUUAAAAAUGACCUGAAAAACUGAUUACCACUAUUUAUUAUUAUAAUUUUAUUAUAUUAUGUUUUCUCCCUGUUGAACCAUGUGUAGAUAGCAGGGCUUUUUUUGUCAUUUUGGGAUAUCGCUUUAAACUCUGUCCCUUGUCAUUUUCUCUAUGUCUAGUUCACACCUUUUGUUUUCAAACUAGUAUGUUAAUAAGUUUGUUUUCUUCUUUUAUCAUAUUUUAUAUACAACACAUUCACUCUCUGGACAACAACAUAUGGACUGUUUGCCCCUGCUGUGCUAUUCACGCUCUGCAGUUUAUCCUGCAUAACUGGAAAACAAAAUUAACUCCUCAUUUAAAAAGAAUUAAAAAAAAAAUCCUCAGACGUUUUUACAAAACCUGCAAGGCAGCUGAAGAGGACAGUGAAGAUAUAAAUGUGAGUCUGAUGCUUUUUGAUGGUCUUACCUAUGUAGGGGAGAGCUGGAUCUGAGCAGGCUUCUCCCAUUCAGUCAGGAGAGAAAAUGCGCUCAGAUACUGUAACACUGUCGAUCUUCAGCUGUCGUCAGUGUUCCUGCUCGUACAGCUGUUGAGUUCGUUGGGUGAUUGGGUCAUUCUCAGCUGACUGAAUGUCUGAUUACCUGAUUGAUUGAUCAGUAGGUCGUUCAUGGGGGAUGGGGCUUGCUCAUUGUCACUUAAUAUAUCAAAUGUAAUGUAUUGGAUUCUAUAUCUUAGAGCCUAAUUUGUAUGAAUGGUUUGUAUUGUACAUAGUUUAUCCCAAUUGCGCUGCUUCUGUACAUGCCCCCCAUGAGCUGUGUGUUUACCCCCUACCCGCUAAGUCCUCUUGUUCACUCCAUUUAUGCUCGUUCUUGGUUCCUCUAACAAAGAAAAUGAUGUUGCUGCCCUAGAUGUGAAUUUCUUGAAAACAGCAAUCCUGUACAGAAGCUGUAAAACUGACUAAAUAUAUUAAAAGUAUUCAUUGAAAUUUUCUUUUUUUGGGGGGGAAGGUGAGGGUUG